CCGGGAACCCCGUGGAAAAGAAGGCAGAAAACCUUAACAAAGCUGGACUUUGAAAUCGAAUUAGCAAGGCUGCGUUGAAUGAGGGGAAAAUACACAUUACAUUCCGUUUCUUCCUUUGAUCUUUCAGGCACCAGGGAGUGCGAGGAGCAGCUGCUGUGACACCCCCGAUGUCCUGCGAGGCUCCCGCCGGGUCUGAGCGGCAUCAGCGGGGGAGCGCCGUGCCUGGGAGCUGCCGUGCUGCUGUGGGAAGAGCAUGAGUGUCUCAUGCCCGCCACCCGCCUUUCAGCUCUGUCACAGGAGCCGGCUGCGCUCCUGGCGCAUUCAGCAUUAGCGGAGCAGGCAUUCCUUCCGUGCGCUGUGCAGUUACUAAAAACAUGGGGCUCCAGUCGGUAAAGAACUGCCUUUGGCUGCCCUGCGUCCUCAGGACUCCGAAAGCUUGCUUCUGGAGCACAGCUGGUGGAGGCCUCAUUAUCCAGUCUGUUUCUAAUGAUGUUUACCAAAAUCUAGCAGUGGAAGAUUGGAUCCAUGACCACAUGGAUUUAGAGAAGCAACAGGUCCUUUUCCUUUGGAGAAAUUCCCCUGCCGUGGUAAUAGGCAGACAUCAGAAUCCCUGGCAGGAAUGCAACCUCAGGCUGUUGAGGCAAAAAAAUAUAAAACUAGCCAGGAGAAGAAGUGGAGGAGGAACAGUUUACCAUGACUUAGGCAAUAUCAAUUUGACUUUCUUUACAACCAGAAAAAAAUAUGAACGAAUGGAAAACCUGAAGCUCGUUGUGAAGGCUCUGAAAGCCUUGCGACCCCAGUUAGAUGUACAUGUCACUGACAGGUAUGACAUCUUGCUAGACAGGCAAUACAAAAUCUCAGGCACUGCUGCUAAGCUGGGAAGGACAAGUGCUUAUCACCACUGUACCUUACUCUGUAAUGCAGAUAAGUUUGUUUUAUCUUCUGUGCUAAAAAGUCCUUUUAAAGGGUUAAAGAGCAAUGCCACUCCUAGUGUGCCUGCCUUGGUGAAAAAUCUCUUUGAAGAGGAUACUAGUUUAACUUCUGAGAUGCUCCUGGAUGCCAUUGCUAAAGAAUAUGCUAUGCAGCACCAGAUAGAUCACCAUAUCACCUUAAUAAAUCCAGCUGAUGAGACUCUGCUUCCUGGAAUUAGUGACAAAACUAAAGAACUACAAACCUGGGAAUGGGUGUAUGGAAAGACACCAAAGUUCAGCAUCAGCACAUGUCUUAACAUGGUCUAUAAAGAUUCUGUUCUUGAUGUUAAAGUAAAUAUGGAUGUAAAGCGUGGAAGGAUUGAAGUCUGUAACAUUGAUCUGCCAGAGCAGUGGCUGCCACCAGGACUGUACAGUGAACUGGUCAAGAGUCUUACUGGCAGUAAGUUUUGCCCAAACGAAAUCACUGCACUAGUGACAGCAUUGCUAAGAGUGUGUCCACAAGAUGAUGAGUUGCACAGCAGGUGGAGUCUACUGUGUGAGAAUAUGAUAAGAUUAAUGUGACUUGCAUUUUGAAAAUGUAAGUUAAAUUUCUGCUGCUUUUUUAUUUAAUGUAUUGAAAACAAAAUUAAAACAAUCACUAGUAAGAGAAAAAUUCAGCUUGUAGAAAACAAACUGUUCAAUCUUGUGCUUUUAUUUAAUAUUACAAUUAAAUUUCACACUGCAUGCACCUGAUGUUCCUAAACUGUAGGAUUGAAACCACUGCUGACAAGACAUCAUUGCUGCUUGAACCAGGGAAAGUGGUGGGGACAUCCCAAACUGGCCCUGUAGCAGAGAAGGUACAAAUGGCUGACACAGAUGGGAUGGGGUAGGUGUAAAACUGGUGGUGUGCUGCUGCACUGGAUGCCCCAGCCUGCAUCCUGCUCCUUGUGGACAGUAGCCCAAAGGCUGUGUCACAGCCCCUGAGCUGUGUGGAGAGGGAUGUUCCCUGGUUUCUGAUUCAGAGUCCCUUCUUGCAGAGUGCUGUGCCUCUGCUGUACAAGCACUGCAGUGAGCUCAGCUCAGCCCUGGGUAGUGAAUCACUGCAAGUGCAGCCUGGGUUAGGGCUUUUGUCCAUGUGCAAGAGCAGGGGAAGACAGGAAGUUCAGUGUGGGGGUUUAUGUGAUGAGGACGGAGGAGGCUAACUGGGAGGCCACACGUGCCUCCUCUGUUCUUGUGCCUGGCACAAACUGGGAGUCCCUGCUGCCCUGGGUACUGCUAUCAAAGCUGAACACUUGAAAAUGCAAAUACAGAUCUAGGAGAGUUUCCUUAUGUUACCACCUAGCAGAUUUUCCCAUAAAAGGCAACAAUGAACUGAAAGUGACAGUUUUAUUGUUAAAUAAUAGCUCUAUAUAUAGUAAAAUUAUGGAAAAAAGGCUCAAGAUGUAUUUCAGUUUUUGAAGGAAAAGUGAAAUGCAAUUUUGACUAGGUCAGAACAGAUACCUGAAAGGAGGCUGUGGCCAGGUGAGGUUCAGGCUCUUCUCCCAGGUAACCAGUGACAGGGCAAGAGGACACAGCCUCAAGCAGCACCAGGGGAAGUUUAGGCUGGGCAUUAGGAAAUAACUGUUCACAGAAAGAGUGACUGGGCAUUGGAAUGGCUGCCCAGGGAGGGAGUGGAGUCACCUUCCCUGGAGGUGUUUAAGAAGACAGGAUGUGGCACAAAGUGCCAUGCUCUAGUUGACAAGGUGAUGCUAGGUCACAGGUUGGACUCGAUGAUCUCAAAGGUCUUCUCCAGCCUAGUUAAUUCUGUGAUCCUCUAUGUUUGAAAUUGCCAUACUAGGUUAAAAGACACAAAGCUUCACACACAGGAAAUUACUGUGUUUACAGUGAGACUUCUCCAGAAUGUGGCUGGAUCUCUGAGGCAUUACGCAGCUUCCUUGAAUUUCCUGGUGUGAAGAAAUCAAAAGAUGACUGAAGCUACAAAUAAUAAAAAAUAACCUUUAUUCCCAUUAAAAAUAGGCAUAUAUUAUACACAACUGAAUAAAAUUCACAAGUGACUAGAAACUUCAUAUCACAGCAGCAAACCAGGAAGCUCCUAUGGAAUGUUUGGGGGAAUGACUAAUAGCACACAGCUCUGUGGCACAUAUAUUUUCAUUUUGCUGACGCAACACUGCAAAGCUGAAACAUUAUUAUGAGAAAGGAUAAAGAAGGCAGACCACUGGCUAAUUGUGACCCAGAAAACAAGGGAAAGACCAGCUCCAUUUCCUAUUGAUUGCUGUGGAAUAGAUUUGUUAUUAGAAAAAAGAGGAAAAGAAUAGCAGCAUUAGAUGACAGAAGAUGAAAUAAUAAAGUACAUUAAGGGGAAAAAAACCCCAUAAUGGAAUACACCAACCAUCAAGAAAAAUAAAUACAGGAAACAAAAAAAAGUUCUAGCAAUAAACAUGCUACUAGAAUAUAAAGGCCUAUUGUAUUACAAGGCAGAAAGUGUAAGGCACGUGUCAGUCCUGAGGCUGAAAAGAUUUUGAUGGGACCUGAAAAAGAGGCCACUGCCUGUUUUUUAUGUCAGAUUGUAUGACUUAGGCAGAUUCUUGCUAACAAAGAACUCUUGUAUAAGGAAAAAAAAAAAGGCAGCACCUCUGGUAAUACCUUCUAGUUUCCAAAGGCUGAAGGAAUGACAAGGGAAGACUUUAUUCUAAAUAUAGCAUAUUGCUAAGAAUUGCGGAAUAUUUUGAGUUGAGGGACUUGGUAUAUUUUGAGGAACCCACAAGGAUCAAGUCCAGCUCUUAAGUGAAUGGCCCUUACAGGG